AUUAGUGUGACAUUUGAUUUUCCCCAACACAUACAAACAAAAAGAAGAAACCUCAACUCCACCCUACAAUCACACAACCCAACAACCCACUCGGACUAAUCGAAAGCUCGAGAAAAAUCUUUAGAGUGAGAACGAACCAAUACCAAACCUUUCUUCCAUUUUUUGUUCUUUCUUUUCUUGUUUCCAGUGAUCAUCAUGCCUCCUGGGUCGAAGAAAAGAAAGGCCUUGAAGAAGAAGCAGCAAGAGGAACAAGAAUCCAUUGGAGCUGGUGCCAACAACAAAGGCUUCAAUGGUCAUGGGAACAUUUCUGGACAUGAUGAACAUGGAAGCCAAGAUGAGAGAGAAAGUGAUGGCAAUCUGAGUUCUCCUGGUUAUCAGGGAAAUGAUGAAUUUGGGGCAAGAGACCCAUCUCCUUCACCUCCUUCAUCAUCUGGUCUGGGGAAAGUCACUGUUAAAGAUAAAACAGACGUUACUCGGGCAGAAGGAGUGAAAGGUGAAGACUUUACUGCAGUUGGAAGAGGAACGGAUCAUCAGGAGAAUUGUGUGGACAAACCACCCAAUUCCUUUCCUGAAAAUUUUACUCACACUUCCAGAAAACUAGCUUCUCAAGAGGCUGGUGGUACUUCAACUUUGGAAAUUGCACCUGCUGUUGAUUCGGACAAGCCUGUGGUUGUGAUGGCUGACAAAAAUGAGCAAGUUGAGAGCUCGACAGACUCCGAUUCUGUCCAACAGAAGUCUGGUGAAACCGAAGAGAAGCGUAGACGAAAAGAAGCGAAAGAAGGUAACAACAAUCCAGGAUCUGCUGCGGAGACAAGCAAAGAAAUCAAGAGAGGGAAAGAAUCUGAAGUGCCAGAAUGUUCGGAAGAAAGGAGUCUAAUGCCUUCUGGUCCACCAGUUGUUCGAACCUCAUGGUUGAGUUGCUGCGGUUUGUUUGAUGUGAUGACAGGAUCUGAAAGAUAAUUUCAGAGCAGGAGGAGGAAAAAUCAGCAAACAGUGGGCAGCAGAAAAAGCUCAAAAGAACAGCCAACAAAGACAUGAUUCAUGGGUCGUAGAUUCUCUUCUCUGUACAUUCAAGCAUUAGAGUCUUUGCCAGAUGAAUUAUAUGACUGGUUUAUUUUAGCAACGUACAAACAAGAACAAAAAAUCUUGUGUUCAUGUUUUGGAAUUUUUUUAGAUUCAUGAGAACUGAACACAAUUCCUUUUUUUUUUUUCUUCUUUCUCGUUUCUUUAUAUCAAAGAGUGAUGAUGUUCAACUU